GCCAGAUAGUUGUGAAACGUUACCAGUUACAAACACUAAUUGUCCAAAUGUCUGAUCAUUCACCAAGGAAAACAAAAUAAUUUGAGACUCUUUAAUAGUAAUAAUUUCACGGAAAUCAAGAUUUCUGUUAUUAAAAUUGAAUGGUUGGAUAUUUGAGCAAAGCAAAUGUGCACUUUUGAGCCACAGUAAAAUUCAAGAUGUCUUCCGCCUCAAAAGGGCAAGGGGGAACUUCAACCGAAAAUGCAUCAAAACCCCAAAAUGUACAGGUAUCUACGGGUGAAAUGAGUCGGCCAAAUAACCUUCAACGUAUACAGCAGAAGAAGAACCAGGUCAAAAGUUAUCCAAGAAACAAGAAGUUGGAGAAAUUGGCAGUUUAUUCUUCAUGCAAGCAUGAAGCUUGCAAGUGCAAUGGCUGGAAGAACCCGAACCCACCCCCUACACCACCUAGGAUGGACCUGUCUCAACCACUGGCCACUCUCACUGACCCCUGCAGGAGCUGCAGUCACACCUUAGGUGCCCAUGUAUCCCACUUGGAGAGUACCCCUGAAGAUGAGCUAAACAGGCUCCUUGGUAUAGUGGUAGAUGUGGAGAAUCUCUUCAUGUGUGUACAUAAGGAAGAAGAUGCUGACACAAAACAAGUUUAUUUCUAUUUAUUCAAACUUUUACGUAAAUGUAUACUCAACAUGAGUAAGCCAUCAGUUGAAGGACCACUAGGCAAUCCACCAUUUGAAAAACCAAGCAUAGCUAAGGGUGUGACAAACUUUGUUGCUUACAAGUUUGGUCACCUGGGCCAGAAGGAGAAGCAGACAAUGUAUGAUCUUGCCAAGAUGUUCCUACAUUGUCUCAACCACUGGAAACUUGAGACUCCUACAGCAAGGAAACAACACUCACAGAGUGAUGAUGUCUCAGUGUAUAAGGUUAAUUACACAAGAUGGCUGUGCUAUUGUCAUGUACCAGCUUUCUGUGACAGUCUACCGAGAUGGGAGACAACUUCCAUAUUUGGCCGUACGCUUUUAACGUCAGUAUUCCAGACUAUGAUGAGACAAUUACUUGAUAAGUUUCGUGCUGAAAAGGAAAAAAUGCCCCCUGAAAGAAGAACUCUAGUUCUUACACAUUUCCCAAGAUUCCUGUCUAUGUUAGAGGAGGAGAUGUAUGGCCAAGUGUCUCCUAUUUGGGACAUGGACUUCACUCCAGGCUCCACCCCUACAGAGUCCCCACAGAGCACACCAACAGCAAGUAGUGCACCUGGUGUAAGUGGAUUGAACCAGUUCCAAACUAACAUUACACCAACCACCAAUGGUACACCUGAGCCAGGUUUCACCAGUAUCAACAUAACCCCUGGUCUUAUCUCAUCAAAACGUACUUCAAGGUCAGAGAGUGGAGCGGAGAAGAGAAAGCUUGAGGAAACCUUUGCACUGGACGAUGUAAAACGUAAGAGAGUAGAUGGGGAUGUUUCCACGGAUACAAUCAUGGAGAUUAUAUCAACAAUUACAGAUCCAGAUGAAAUGGUUGGACCAGAGCCAAGUUUACUGCCAGCAUAUGCUGCAAGGGAUGAAGCUGCAAGACUUGAAGAACAGCGUGGCAUCAUUGAAUUCCAUGUUAUCUCAAAUUCCCUGUCUAGGAGACCGCCUAAACAGACCCUCCUGUGGCUAAUUGGCCUACAGAAUGUCUUCUCACAUCAGCUACCUAGAAUGCCCAAAGAAUACAUCACAAGACUUGUGUUUGAUCCGAAGCACAAGUGUUUGUGUAUUGUAAAGGACAACAGGGUUAUAGGAGGUAUCUGCUUUAGGAUGUUUCCUACACAGGGUUUCACAGAGAUUGUGUUCUGCGCAGUAACCUCUAAUGAACAAGUCAAGGGCUAUGGUACACAUCUAAUGAACCACCUAAAGGACUAUCAUAUACAACACAAUGUGCUACAUUUCUUGACAUUUGCUGAUGAGUUUGCAAUUGGAUAUUUCAAGAAACAAGGCUUUUCAAAAGACAUUACAUUGCCUAAGGCAAACUAUCUGGGAUACACCAAAGACUACGAAGGGGCCACCUUGAUGGGAUGUGAACUGAACCCCCGCAUACAACACACUGAAUUCUCAAAAAUAAUACGCAAACAGAAAGAGAUCCUCAAGGCUCUUAUAGAGAAAAAGCAAGAGGAUGUUCGUAAAAUACAUCCAGGCUUGACAUGUUUCAAAGAUGGUGUGAGACAGAUCCCCAUAGAAAGCAUCCCAGGGGUUUUAGAGGCAGGAUGGGAUCCUCAGAUGGAAAUAGGUCUGAAUGAACAACCUAUGGAUCCAGAGCAGUUGUAUACAGUCCUAAAAAAGCUAGUCCAUGAACUAAAGAACAAUGGGUCAGCGUGGCCAUUUAUCAAACCAGUGGAUAAGUCUGAAGCCCCUGGUUACUAUGAUCUCAUCAAAUACCCCAUGGAUCUGAAGACAAUACAAGAAAGAGUAAAAAGCCGAUAUUAUGUACAUAUUCGUCUAUUCGUAGCUGACAUUACACGGAUAUUCACAAAUUGUCGAGCAUACAAUGAACUUGAUACAGAAUAUUACAAAUGUGCAAACAAUCUAGAACGAUUCUUCAAUCAAAAAGUGAAAGAAAUGGGCCUUAUAGAAAGAUGAGAAGAUAUCAUGCAUAUGAGUUGAUAUUUAUUCACUCUGAAAUAAAACGCAACCUCGCAGUAGGAGGGUAACUGACAGCGUUCGUAUUGGAGAAAAGUGGAAUGCCUGUGUUCAUUUGAGCCUUGAUGUAGGAUACCAUGUGAUUAUAUUUGUUCAUAUAACAUUAUGACGCUCCAAAGGUAUCAUUGAUAAUAAUUAUGCUAUGAUGACUUACAUAUAAGUCAGCUUACAAAAAGGUUCACACAGUAAAU